AUGCUGCAGAUCGGCCAUCCGGAUAACCUCAGUAAGGAGAAGGACCAGCAGAAGAGAGCGCGGGAAGUCACCGUUCGAGUGCAGCCGCGGGAGUCGUCGGUGUCCUCGUCCGGGUGGUCCGGUACGGAACGCUGCGACGCGCCUCCGUCGAAAGAUGCGUCGACGUUUCUCGGAAAACCCGUUGUGGUGGCGCCCGGCGGCGAAAAGCUCAUCGUGAAGGACGAAUCCGGCAUGGACAUCGAACUCGUCCCCACGGGUACCUCCUCCAUCCCCCACUUCCCCAAAACCAUCCACCUCCCCCACCCCACCAACAACGCCGACACCUCCGAAUACACCCUCCUCGGCCUCGGCAUCCGCAGCGUCUCCUUCCUCAGCAUCCAAGUCUACGUAGUCGGCCUCUACGUCCGCACCGCCUCCCUCCCCGCCCUCCAAUCUACCCUCGUCCAUCGCGUCAACCCCACCGCCACUGCCCUCAUCCCCUCCGAAAAGGCCGACCUCCGCACCGCACUCCUCGAUCCCGACGCCUCCUAUCAGCUCUGGGACGCCGUCCUGGCUGACCCUGCUGCCACCAAAGUCGACACCGCCCUCCGCGUCGUGCCCACCCGCAGCACCGACUUCAACCACCUCCGCGACGGCUGGGUCACGGGGAUCAAGGCGCGCACGGCCGCCGCGCAGAAGGCCGGGGAUGCGUCGUUCGCGGACGAGAGCUUCGCGGAGUCGAUGCGGGGGUUUCAGGCGGCGUUGGCAGGGCGAGGGUCGGCGCCGAAGGGGUCGGUGAUAGUAUUACGACGAAAGGAGCAGGGGGAAUUGGAGAUGCUGUUUCAGAAGCGGGAGAAAGUGGAGGGGAGGGGAGUGGGUGGGGAGUGGGAGGGAUUGGGGACGGUGGAGGAUGAGCGGGUGGCAAGGUUGUUGUGGUUGGGGUAUCUUGGGGGGAAGAAGGUGAGUAGUGAGGGGGUGAGGAAGGCAGUGGUGGAGGGGUGCAUGGAGUUGGUGGAGAGGCCGACGGGGACGUUGGCGACGAGGGUGGAGUGA